ACAAGUGACCCCAGAACAGAACCCCAAGACCGACCCCAAAAUACAACCCCCACGAGUGACCCCCCACCAAAGCCCACUGUCCGUUUGCAGACAAAGAAGGGGGUGAAGAGGAAAGCAGACACCACCACGCCCACGGCCAUGGACCCCAUCCACGACUCCUCCUCGCUGCCCGCCGAGCCCAAGGCCACCAAGCUGGGCCCGCGCCGCGAGAGCGGCCGGCCCGUCAAGCCCCCCAAGAAGGAGAUCCCGGACUCGCAGCAGCACCCGGCCGAGAGCCGCGGCACCAAGGCCUCGGAGCAGCUCAAGUACUGCGGAGGCAUCAUCAAGGAGAUGUUCGCCAAGAAACACGCCGCCUACGCAUGGCCCUUCUACAAACCCGUGGACGUGGAGGCGCUGGGGCUGCACGACUACUGCGACAUCAUCAAACACCCCAUGGACCUCAGCACCAUCAAGUCCAAGCUGGAGGGCCGGGAGUACCGGGACGCUCAGGAAUUCGCGGCCGACGUGCGGUUGAUGUUCUCCAACUGCUACAAAUACAACCCCGCCGACCACGAGGUGGUGGCCAUGGCCCGCAAGCUGCAGAAGCUCGACGUCCUGGCCGGCUCCUCCAAGCUCAAGGGCUUCUCCUCGUCGGAGUCGGAAUCCAGCAGCGAGUCGAGCUCCUCCGACAGCGACGAGUCGGACUCAGAAAUGGCGCCAAAAUUGAAGAAGAAAGGGCACUCGGGGCGGGAGCAGAAAAAGGCCAGGUUUAAAUGUAAAACACCAUUUCCCGGUGCCGUGAGCAGCAAGAAGGAGCCGGCGGCGCCGGUGAAGCCCAGCAAAGCCGCGCCCGCCUACGAGUCGGAGGAGGAGGAGAAGUGCAAGCCGAUGUCGUACGAGGAGAAGCGGCAGCUGAGCCUGGACAUCAACAAACUGCCCGGGGAGAAGCUGGGCAGGGUCGUGCACAUCAUCCAGUCCCGGGAGCCGUCGCUCAAGAACUCCAACCCCGACGAGAUCGAGAUCGACUUCGAGACGCUGAAGCCGUCGACGCUGCGCGAGCUCGAGCGUUACGUCACUUCCUGCCUGCGCAAGAAGAGGAAACCCCCAGGUACCUCCCAAGGCCGCGACUUUGGGGCUUCUCGGCCGGAUUUUCCCGGUUGUUCCCCGGGGUUGGGUUUUUGGGGAGGUUUUGGAGGGUUUUGGGGGUUUUUUUCUCGCCUGGCCAAGAUGGCGGCAGAUUCAAGAUGGCGGCUGCUGCCGUUCCCCUUUCGUUUGUAAUAAUUAACGAUUUUAAUUUAAA